AUGGCCAGAACCAAGCAAACCGCUCGCAAGUCCACUGGUGGCAAGGCCCCUCGCAAGCAGCUCGCCUCCAAGGCCGCUCGCAAGUCUGCACCCAGCACUGGUGGCGUCAAGAAGCCUCAUCGUUAUAAGCCUGGUACCGUCGCUCUCCGAGAGAUUCGUCGCUACCAGAAGUCGACUGAGCUCCUCAUCCGGUCAUUGCCCUUCCAGCGUCUCGUCCGAGAAAUCGCACAGGACUUCAAGUCUGACUUGCGCUUCCAAUCUUCUGCCAUCGGCGCUCUCCAGGAGUCAGUUGAGGCCUACCUCGUCUCUCUCUUCGAGGAUACCAAUCUCUGCGCCAUCCAUGCCAAGCGUGUCACCAUCCAGUCCAAGGACAUCCAGCUCGCCCGCCGUCUCCGAGGUGAACGAUCUUAG